CCGCGGAGCACAACGGCAGCCUGUGAGCCAGUCAGGCAGCGAGAGAGUCAAAUACACACACACACUCACUCACUCACUCAGUCUAGCUCGGCGAGUCAGCUGGUGCGAGCGUGGCCGAGGAGACACAGGGAGGAGGAAAAACUGAAAGCGGAAGUGUAAAAAGGCGGAUGCGAUGAGGGUGGGCGUCGUGGCGUGGGCGGCGCUGGUGCUCCUGCUGGUGGGCGCUCCGAGGGAGGCGGCGACGCAGGAGGAACUCGAUCUCGCAGGUCUAGAAAAAUCGGUGAUCGACCUGCUGCAGCCUUAUCUCGGCGACAUCGGCAUGGCUCUCCAAGGCUUCAUCGACAUCGGCAAAAUCGGGAUGGGCGUUGCUAGAUUCGUCAACAUCAUCGCGGAUCAGAUAUUUAAUCUGUCAGUCGAGGAUAUGAACUUCGGCUCCUACAUCCCCAUGGCCGACAGGAAACUGCUCGGCAUGUUUGAAGUUUUGUCUCGACGCAUAGACCAGGUGGAACACGGGAUUCACGGAGUCGCGAACUCCUUGCGUGACAUCGCCGACGGACUUCAAGACAUGGUGCGCUGGGAGAUCGCGCUCGACACCAUGGAGGAGUACACGAGGCCCAUCCACACCUUGUACAAGCGCUUCCUCUUGUACCAGCAACACAAGGACAGGGUGGAGGACCACACCCUGUUGGCCUUCGCUAACAGUGUGGUGUCUCAUGAUUCCGAUUCUGUCAUGUCGCUCAUGGCGCAUCUGCAUGACAUGGCGGCCCCGAAAGCUGCACAGAGAAGAGCAUCUCUUCUUCCCGCCUACAGACAGACUGGCCCUCCUUGGAACAACCCAAAGGACGUGUAUCGGGUGAAGGAGAAAGUAACCCGCCGUCUGGACGUGCAGGAGAGGCUGGUGGUGAGGAACGGCGCCCAGAAGAAGGAGGACCUCUCGCUUCGUCCCAGUCUCUUCUACAUGCUUCACAACGCCCUGAAGAGGAGUAACCAGUGCAGCCUGGAACAGUCUCCACAACAGCUGAUGAACGGCUUGCACCUCCUGCUGGCGCUGACGGAGGCUCGAGGUUUUGCCAUGCUUGAGUUCUCCUGGAUGAUCCUCAGAAUCUAUAAUGAAGGAAACUUCACGGUGGAGCAACAGCUGGCUCAGGAUCUCUACUUGCAAUACUCUGAGGACAUCAUGAUGGAGGCGAAGGAGGUCCUCCAGCUGCAGUCUCGGGAGUACAUGAGAUGUGACCCCAGGGAACACGUGGAGGGCGAGACUUACGUGCAGUUCACCGAGCUCCUUCAGGGUUACAUCGUUCUGACGUUGUGUAGUUCAAACGCCGUUCAUCUGGCCCUACGUACUAUUGCAGAGAAGUAA